AUGUAUGCAUUCCCUGUUUUCCGGAAAACCUCCGAGGGUCAACUCCUCAUGGGGCCAACUGAGGAGGCUAAUAGGAGUGAGAUCGUGGUGGCGGGGAGAGCCAGGUGUAAGGAGGAGGUCCUGGCUGAGGCCACUGCCUUUGUGAGGCAGAAUGGAGGGAAUCCUGGAGACCAGUCCCUGGUUCUGGCUCACUGCAAGCUCCAGUUUGGAAAACACCAGGGCCAGAGGUUCCUGUGGCUGCUGGAGAACUCACUGGGGUAUGCCGUGUAUCUGGUCAGCAGCAUCAUGGGGGAGGAGGAGAGGGACAACCCGCUGUCGGCCAAUAAACACCUGUUCCUCAGAUACACCUCGCAGAUCAGGGAGGUAGGGGAGGCUGUGGAGGUGUACCUGAAAAAACAGGCCAUGCUGCAGGAGGCCCAGAGGACGGGAGACUCUGGUUAUCUGAUGGUGGAGUUUGGUGACUUCAAGGGUAGGUCAAUGAAGGAGGUGUAUGAGGACCCAAGUAAGAAGGCUCAGUCUCUCAUCACCUACCUGAGGAAGGCAAAGGCCAGGCCCAACACCAACAUGGCCCUUUUCAAAGCAUACGUGCUGAAGAGGCAGGCUCCAGCCCACCUGCCCACCACCACUAUGCCCGCUGCAUCUGCCCCCUCUGCUGCUGUGCCCACUGCCACUGUGUGUGUUCCUCCUCCACCUGCUGCCACCCAAAGCAGGCCACUGCUGGUUGCCAAUGUGAAGGCCCUGUUGGCGCGGGGGAAGCAUUUAUCUGCUUCACAGCUGGCACAAAAGAUUUUGUCGCCAGCCAAACCUUCUGUAGGACCACGUCGCCCUCCUGCGUCUGAGCCCGCAGCCCGGAGACAGCUCUUUACAUGUGACUCUGCUGCUGGGGAUUUUUUGGAGGAGGAAGAUGACGAGGAGAUGGCAACUGUAGCCUCACAAGCUGAGGAGCAACUUCCUCAAGCCACUGCGGCCUCGAGAGGCCCUGCCCUGGCCCCACCUCGUGCUCCUGCCCUGGCCCCACCUCGUGCUCCUGCCCUGGCCCCACCUCGUGCUCCUGCCCUGGCCCCACCUCGUGCUCCUGCCCUGGCCCCACCUCGUGCUCCUGCCCUGGCCCCACCUCGUGCUCCUGCCCUGGCCCCACCUCGUGCUCCUGCCCUGGCCCCACCUCGUGCUCCUGCCCUGGCCCCACCUCGUGCUCCUGCCCUGGCCCCACCUCGUGCUCCUGCCCUGGCCCCACCUCGUGUUCCAGGCCCUGCUGCUGCUCCUGCUCCUCCAGCAUUGUGGACCCCUGGCCAGGUGUCCCAUCCGCCUGCAGAGCUUCCUGGGUACUGGAAGGAGCAACUUCUAUCUUUCCAGCAGGACUGGAUCAGGAAGACUCUGUUCAGGGCCAACACAAAAACAGGGAAGCCUGAGCUGACGCCACAUCCCAACUUCUGGUGGUACCCUCCCCAGCCCCCGACCGUCUUCACCCAGCCCCCUGCCUCUCCUGAUAUCUUCUUCUGCCGCCCCCUGUUCCUCUGGAUGCCGCUGAAGAUGUGGUCCAUUCCACUUGUCUGUGUCCAGCCAGCCUGCAGUAACCACAAGCUGACAGCUGCUGGCAUUUACCGCACUGUGCGCAAGGUCCUGGACAUAGACGGGUGGUAUGACAUGGCCACAGAGUAUCUGGAGUGCAAAGGGUGCAAGAAGAAGUAUCCAGCCUGGUCUGAAGACAUCCUGGGACAGCUCGACAUGGGACACCGCAGAAAAUUCCCCGCCAUCCUGACAUACAGGUACUCGUGUGACUACCGUGUAGUCAUUAUGAUGCGGGAGAGGACCCGGGGCAACAGCGUCACGCAGCUUCACAAAAAGCUGCAGGAGCAGCACACCUCAGCGUGGGACGUCCUCUCACGGCUACCGGAGGUCAAGGCCAAAAUAACUUCGGUCUUUGGGUCUGUCCUCAAGAUGGACUCCACCAAAAAGGUCACUAAAAAACUGGCCGGUGCUGCUGCCAACACUGCUGGUUGGUGCUCUAAUGUGGGCAAUGAGCACGGCCAGGUGUUGGUGUCAGUGCUGACAGCGGCAGAGGGGCAUGGACUGUGGCCCAUGGCGGCGGGGCUCAUGAAGAGGUACAGGGAGGCGGGAGUGGCACCGCCCGCCAUCAUGCGUCAUCACAGAGGCUCAUCACUCUACGGCACCUUCAUGACUCGGCUUUCCAGGUGCAUCUUUGAGCUGGAUCCAGAGGAUGUCGCUGCCCUUCGGCUGGCCAAACAGGGGGAGCUACAGGCCAGAGGAGCUGGUCCAGUCUCAGAGAAGGCCCUGGAUAAGCUGAUCACCAGGAAGGAGUUGUCGCUGCACUGUCGCAAGCGCACCAGAGGAGUGGAGGAGACCACCAGGAGGAUCAGGGCGCUCAUUGAAGAGAUGGACAGUGAGAAGGGGAGGGACACUCUGGGCGUACCACUGCUGGACCACGAGCGCAUCCAACAGGUCUGGAUAGACCAGCAGAGGCACAUUGCCUGUAUUCAGGAUCCAGAGGGCUUCCCUCUGUACCAGAAGACAGGCACACUGAAGAAGGGUGGUGUGGAGCUCAGAUGCUACCGGUGCGCUCGUGGCUCCACCUCUUUGGAGUCUUUUCACCUCCACUUGAACCGCUUCAUCCCAGGGACCAGUGCCAGUGAUGCGCAUUUCCAGGCCUAUCUCCUGGAAGGCCUGAUGCGCUGGAACCAGGACCGUAUGGAUGAAGCGGUGGGGGGAAAGACUGACCUGAGGACCUACAGCAGCGCUGACAGGGAGGCCAUGGACCGGCUCAGCCGAAAAGUGCUGAAGACGUCCCUGGAUGAGCACUACCAGCCUCCAGGGGCUUACACGGGAGAGCUGCUCGGGAUGGAGUAUCUGUACAGUCAGUCUGGGAAAUCCCUGUCUGUUAUGGAUAACCCGGAGGAGGAGGAUCGGCUGGUGGAGCAGAUGGACGAUGAGGUGGUACAGGACGAAGGCUUCGUUGAGGAGGAACCAGAGGACCUCACAGUGCCAGUCCUCUAUGACGCCAUUGAGACUGUCCCAGUCCACAGCAGUGGCUCCCAGGCCUUCAACCCCUGUCCCUCCGCACCGGGACCAUCCUCACUGCAGCCACCCACAUCCAGUCAAGGACAGCUGCGCCCUGCCCAGCCUCCUCUGCAGUCUCCUCAGCUGCACCCUGCUCAGCCUCCUCUGCAGUCUCCUCAGCUGCGCCCUGCUCAGCCUCCUCUGCAGUCUCCUCAGCUGCGCCCUGCCCAGCCUCCUCUGCAGUCUCCUCAGCUGCGCCCUGCCCAGCCUCCUCUGCAGUCUCCUCAGCUGCACCCUGCUCAGCCUCCUCUGCAGUCUCCUCAGCUGCGCCCUGCUCAGCCUCCUCUGCAGUCUCCUCAGCUGCGCCCUGCCCAGCCUCCUCUGCAGUCUCCUCAGCUGCGCCCUGCCCAGCCUCCUCUGCAGUCUCCUCAGCUGCGCCCUGCCCAGCCUCCUCUGCAGUCUCCUCAGCUGCACCCUGCUCAGCCUCCUCUGCAGUCUCCUCAGCUGCACCCUGCUCAGCCUCCUCUGCAGUCUCCUCAGCUGCGCCCUGCUCAGCCUCCUCUGCAGUCUCCUCAGCUGCGCCCUGCCCAGCCUCCUCUGCAGUCUCCUCAGCUGCGCCCUGCCCAGCCUCCUCUGCAGUCUCCUCAGCUGCGCCCUGCCCAUCCUCCUCUGCAGUCUCCUCAGCUGCGCCCUGCUCAGCCUCCUCUGCAGUCUCCUCAGCUGCGCCCUGCUCAGCCUCCUCUGCAGUCUCCUCAGCUGCGCCCUGCUCAGCCUCCUCUGCAGUCUCCUCCACAGCCUUCUGCCCAGCCAAGUGCUGCCUCUGGUCCUGCAACAUCAACUGGGUCCAGUGUUGCAGACCAGGCUCCUGCUCCUGUUCUUGGACCCAGUGGCGUCGCAGGCUGGGAUAAGGUGCAGGAUCUGGCUGAGUACCUGGUGUCCCUCCGUCAGGCACUCUAUCUGGACGAGCAGCAGGUCACAGAGGUCAUCCGUCUGUGGACUGCUCUUCCUGAUGGGGACAAGAGGAAGAUCCAUUAUCAGCCCAGACACCAGCCCAAGCUGACCCAUGGACGCUUCAAGCUGCCAAAAAAUACAGGAGUGACACCAGGUGUGGACAGUGUGAAGAGGUGCCUGAUCGGUCAUCCUGGGGGGCCGGCUCAGUGGCCCAGCACCAGUCGUUUAGUUGAGGCCAUGUGCAUCAAACUGUGUGCACUGCACAAGUCCCCAACAAAAAAGGAUGGAGUCCGUCUUCCUCGUUGGACUAAGGUGCUCAACGAGUACCACCACAUCCGAGACCUGGUGCUGAACUGCCACACUCUGAUGGAGGCCACGUCACUUCAGCUGUUUGUGCUGAAUCAGAGGACUCUCACUCAGUGGUUUAAUCGAAGAGAGAACAGCCAGGAAGUCACUGUCCUCUCCCAGGGCCUUGCUGCAGAGGACUGCCUCGCUGUGGCCAGCUCACAGCUUCCUGCUCCGCGGGAAAGCCUGGAUGAGGCUCCCUCCACAUCAGGGGCCCGGCAUGAAUUUGUCCUGCCUCCAAACCGAGCGGGACAGGUGCGGCCUGGCAAACGACCUGCCAGUGCUACAGUUGUGCGGCCCAUCACCCCAGCAGCUCCUCUUCCUCCUGCGCCACUGCCCCAGUUUUUUGUUUUGAACCCUGUGCCCACGCUGAUUUCAAAAGGUGCAGGUGGCCCUUCAGCUGCUCCUCUCCUGGCUCCAACUCCUGUGGCUCCUGCUCCCACUGCCCCAGUGUCUGUGCCCCGCUCCACGCAGAGCAACAGACGACGCAGGGCAGAAGAGGAGGCCAGUGGAGCUCACAAAAGACGCUAUGUCCGUGAAGCGGCAUUUAACAAAUGCUCCAAGUGUGGCCAGCCCAAAACUAAGGAGUUCGGCCACAGCCGGUUUGGCAGUGCCACCUUUUGCCCUAGUGUCUCUGGUGGCAAAUCAAGAGAGGAGUGGCUGGUAGAACAACGCCAGCAGAAAACGCAUGGACAGCCACCUCUAUAA